GUAACUUGGUUGGUUAUUAUCUUGAACAUGUGGAGGAGAGAGACCAAUACUCCCAAAUAAUUCACUGGAGAAAACAUACCAAACUAUCUACUGAUUUCCCUCGAAGCAUUUCAAACGUCAUUGUUCCCUUGCAGUCCAGCAAUGGCGCCGCCGGUGAUUUUCUGCCGUGAAAUAUCUCCGUCGCCGGCCAACUGCACAUCCUAUUCACCUUUUCUUCAACUGGAUACUCAGUGUACUUCAUCUUUCGCUGCUUCUUGCUUAAGGCUACCCAAGAAUUGUUCAUUAGUAGCUAGAUGCUCCUUGAAAUGGUCUGAGAAGCCAUCUAUAAUGCCUGGAGCAUUGCUCACUUCUAGCCCUCAACAAGUCUCCUCAAACCCUGUUUUUGGUGAAGGCAAAAUUGGUGUUUUGUUGCUUAAUCUUGGUGGCCCUGAAACUCUUGAAGAUGUGCAGCCAUUUUUAUUCAAUCUUUUUGCUGAUCCAGAUAUUAUUCGAUUGCCAAGAUUGUUUCGGUUUUUGCAAAGGCCACUGGCGCAAUUUAUAUCUGUUGCCAGAGCACCCAAGAGCAAAGAAGGUUAUGCUUCAAUUGGUGGUGGUUCUCCUCUUCGACGGAUAACUGAUGCCCAGGCUGAAGCCUUGAGAAAAGCUCUGUGGGAAAAGAAUGUUCCUGCAAAGGUGUAUGUUGGUAUGCGCUACUGGCAUCCAUUCACAGAGGAAGCCAUUGAACAGAUUAAAAGGGAUGGAAUCACAAAGCUUGUUGUGCUCCCUCUUUAUCCACAGUUUUCAAUAUCUACGAGUGGUUCAAGCCUUCGCCUAUUAGAGAGUAUAUUUAGGGAGGAUGAGUAUCUUGUUAACAUGCAACACACAGUAAUACCCUCAUGGUAUCAACGGGAAGGAUAUAUCAAAGCCAUGGCAGAUUUGAUGGAAAAAGAGUUGAAAAGUUUUGAACAUCCUGAGGAGGUGAUGAUAUUCUUCAGUGCUCAUGGUGUACCACUUGCAUAUGUAGAGGAAGCAGGUGAUCCAUACAAGGCUGAGAUGGAGGAAUGUGUGGACUUAAUAAUGGAAGAACUUGAGAAGAGAAUGGUACAUAAUGCAUAUACUUUGGCCUAUCAGAGUAGGGUUGGACCUGUUGAAUGGCUGAAACCAUACACUGAUGAGACAAUAAUUGAGCUUGGGAAGAAAGGGGUAAAGAGUAUUCUUGCCGUGCCAAUAAGUUUUGUAAGUGAGCAUAUUGAGACAUUAGAGGAAAUUGAUGUUGAAUACAAGGAACUAGCAUUGGAGUCUGGAAUACAAAACUGGGCACGUGUUCCUGCCCUAGGUGUUGAACCCACUUUCAUCUCAGAUUUGGCAGAUGCAGUGAUUGAAAGUCUUCCAUAUGUAGGAGCAAUGGCAGUCUCAAAUCUUGAAGCUCGCCAGUCAUUGGUCCCUCUUGGAAGUGUGGAAGAGUUAUUGGCAGCAUAUGAUUCACAGCGCAGGGAGCUUCCACCUCCUGUAACGGUCUGGGAAUGGGGUUGGACAAAAAGUGCAGAAACGUGGAAUGGAAGAGCAGCCAUGUUGGCAGUUCUUGUGCUGCUGGUGCUAGAAGUAACAACUGGAGAAGGCUUCCUGCAUCAGUGGGGCAUAUUACCCUUAUUCCGCUAGCCCCUUACAUCAUACUCUCUCUCUCUGCUCGUCCUAUUUGAAAAGAAAACUUCUUCCCUCCCAUCCCUGCUGUCUCUCUUACACAUGCAUUAUACACAUAUACAUACUCAUAGGUGGCUGGUUGUUGAGAUGUUGAAAAAUGACAGAAAUCGGGAAUGAAUUAAGAAGUUGUACAUUGUCUAUUCCUUAGAAUGAGCACCCACUCUUGUGCUACCAUAUAUUUCUUCUUUAAUCUAUGUAGCAAAACAGCCUCCAUUUCAUUCCCUAGAGGCCAACUGAGCAGGUUUUGUGAGACAUACAGUACAUUGAACUGAAGAUAGAGAAGGGUGAGAAAGAUCAAGGAAGAGAAGAAACAAAAGAGCAAAUUCGUCUUCGAAGGUUUAUCAUCCUUGUAUAACUUUUAGCAUCUACACCCAACCUGUAAAUUUUCCUGUUGCUCAAAUUUUCUGUAACAUUUCUAUGUAUUUACUUAUUUGCAUACAGUGUUUACAGUGUUGAGAUUGGAACAAUACUGUGGAAGAUGUCUACAAUAAUCUUGUAUUUGCAUCAUCUAGAUGAUGAAAGUGUGAACAACUGGAAAGUAGCUUUCAACAUUGUAAAAAAGACUUAGAUGCUGCUGGAUUUAAGAAA